AAUUGUAGACUUUUAUUAGUAUUACAACUACUACUUCAUCAAAAUGUUUAAGUUUACAUUCGUCAUUUUGGCUGCUUUCCUCUUAGUGGCUCCAGCCUUCAGCAAAGUAUACAACCGUUGUUCAUUGGCCAGGGAAAUGCAUAAACUUGGCGUUCCCAAGGACGAAUUGGCACGUUGGACUUGUAUUGCUGAACAUGAAUCUGCCUAUAAUACUAAGGCUGUCGGUUCAAUGAACUCUAAUGGUUCCCGUGACUAUGGCAUUUUCCAAAUUAACAACUACUACUGGUGUUCUCCUCCAUCUGGUGCUUUCUCUUACGAUGAAUGUCAUAUUAAAUGUGAAGACUUUCUAGUUGAUAGCAUUGAACCUGCUGUUAAGUGUGCCCGUUUAGUUUUGAAACAACAAGGUUGGUCUGCCUGGUCUACCUGGAAAUACUGUGACGGUAAAUUGCACAGUAUUGAUGAUUGCUUCUAAAUAAAUACCUAUUUGUACUUGUGAAGAUAAUAUUUAAAAAUUUUGAUUCAACUUGAUCGUUAUAUACAACUUGAUCGUCAUAUACAUAUACACCCACGAUUUUGCUACAUAUUUCUAACAAACAGAAAAAGCUAUGAUUUUAUUUACCUAUGUGCUUGUAAAAUGUUUCAUAUAUUCAUCUCUGCUAUAUGCUUUUGAUUCUUGUUGAAAAUAUAUUACAAAUGUUUAACAACUAAAGUCAUAAAAAAUAAUUGCUUACAACAACUUACAAAUAUCAUGCUCGUAUAAAAUUA